GAUGUGGAAAAACAACUUUGGCAAUGUCAUUCUUUAGAUUUAUUGAAGCAAAUUCUGGAAGUAUUGUAAUUGACGAUGUUGAUAUUAGUAAUAUUGGAUUAAAAGAUCUUAGAAGUAAUAUUACUAUCAUACCUCAGGACCCCGUACUAUUUGAUGGUACUAUAAGUGAUCUUGAGUUAUGGAAUACGCUUCGUCGUGUACACUUAAUUAAAAGUUCCAAUCCUACUUCUGAAAAAGAAGGAUUAGAUAUUAUCCUUUCUAUUUCGGAUCAGAAAAAUCACAAACAAGAACCAAUAAUGCUUGACUCGCCUGUCAAAGAAAAUGGAUCAAAUUUUUCCCAAGGUCAACAACAACUGAUUGCAAUGGCCAGAGCACUAGUUCGUCAUUCCAAAUUGAUAAUGGAUGAAGCUACUGCGAGUAUAGAUUUCAAAACUGAUCAUCUAAUACAAGCUACAAUUAGGAAAGAGUUUAAAGAUAAUACUGUUAUUACUAUUGCACAUAGAUUGCUUGAAUUCGAUAGUCCAUACAUACUGAUGCAAAAGCUUGAUGGGUUAUUUAGAGAAAUGUGUGAGAGAAGUGGUGAAUUCGCAGAAUUAAUGGAAAUUGCUAAGCAGAAAUAUGAGA